UUUUACAAAUUAAACAUUAUCAAUUGCUUUUGUUGAACAAAUUCAUUGCCGAGGGUGGAACAAGUGAAUGCUAGUUGUGUAUUUGCAGAACAAGAGGUGGAGUAUGAAUUGUACCUGCUUUUAGAUGUUGUGAAGGAGUGUAUGUGGUAAUUGGUAAUUUUCGGCUUCUUUGGCUAUCUAAAUGUUCAAGAGUUGAAGAAUUUAUAUUUGGUUUGUGUUUCGUCUAUAGACCCUGAUUAAUGGCAUGGACAAGUCGAGAUUGGAAAUUAUGAUUCAUUCUAUGAGAAGGAUGUGGUUUUACUCCACAGCAGAUUCUAGGUCUAACAAAAGAGACAAGGAGGAUACUUCCAUCAAUAACAUGCCUCACACACUAAGCCUCCCUGAUCAGGUCAAGCUUGCAGAUUUACUAGAACUAGAAGAUGUAAACAUUAUUCAAAUCGAGGGAGGGAAAUGCUCAAAUCCUACCAAGUAUGGUGUUUUAGGCUUGAUUGAGAAGAGAAUGGUUGGUCACUGCUGGGCAAUGAUAGGAUCUCCCAACAAAUUUUUGGGGUUCUGUGUGCUAAGGCAUCCAUGCUGUUGCAGCUUUGCAGUGAGGUUGAUGAAAAUGCAAUUGGAGCUUGUGCUCAAUUGGUAUUUGCACCUAUUGAUGAAUCAUUUGAUAAUGAUGCUCUUCUACUUCCUUCUGGAUUUCGCGUCAUACCAUUGGAUCCUAAAACAAAUACUCCAAUCAUAACAAGGACAUUAGAUUUGGCAUCCAAACUUGAAGUAGGUUCUGGGAAUAUACGUGCAACCGGAGAAGCCGAUGAUUACAAUCUUCGGGUUUUGCAUAUCUACCAGGAGGAAUAUGUGCUUCCAGCAUGAACAGGCCAAUGUCUUAUGAUCAAGCAAUUGCAUAGAAAGUUCUCAAUGAUGAUGAUUCCAAUCACUGCUUGGCCUUCAUGUUCAUGAACUGGUCUUUUGUCUAAUGAAGAAUCUUAUAUUAUAUUAUUAUUAUAAUAUCUUUAUGCAAUUUAUAUAUUCAGCACUUAAAUAGUGAGAUUUUUACAUUAUUAGUUCUC